AUGACCCUGUUGUUCAACCCCGAGCUCGACAUCCUCCACGUCAGCCCGGGUCGGUCCGGCGACAACGCCGUCCACCUUCUUCAUCAUCUACGUGCCUACGACGUGCAGAACGUGGGGCUCCGCAACGUAGCCCUAAACCCCAACGACGUCAGUCGGCUGACUGACAUUGACUUGUCGGCCGUGGACCCCCUCGCCGCAGCGGCCUUCACCGACACCAUAGCAAACCUGCGUCAGGUAUUCUACAUGUGUAUAGAGAGCGCCGGGCGCAUAUACCUGGGGCCGCGGAACGGCAUACUGGCCGUGACGGGCUUCGAGAUGCACCGUUCGCGUCCCAUCAUGCCAGAAGUCCCUACAUUCGACUGCGUAGGGCGUGACCCCCGUCCUAUUGCAGGAGACCUCCGCAAGGUCUUCGCGGGGACAGCCGAUAGGCGUAAAAUGGUCUUCCAGUGGCGAGAACUGCUCAGGAAAUGGCAGAUACCGCACAAUCCGAAGGUGGACUAUCGUUUUCUCGUUGCCCACGAGUGGAAUGGCGCAGAAGACGAGGACAAGGUCGUUGACCGAGAGAGUGCCGACGCGUGGUUGCAACGAGAGGACAAGCGCUGGAGAAACGGGCAGCAGCGUCUGGCAGAUUCCAUUCUGCGCAGGGGAGGCAACAUACCCGUUGAGAGCCCGGAAGACUUGGAGCAGGCUCCGAGACCUGCCAUCGGUUUCUGGCUCUUUCCUGUAGAAGCACUCGGGCGGGUGCCCAGUCGUCACAAGGUUUCAACAAGCACGUCGACGGUUUGGCGACCAAAGCGAGUGUUGGAUAUGCGGUGUUCGGCCUUCUCGCGGUUGCCCAAGUUGACUGGCAGCGCCCGGCUUCGACGGACACUGUUCGUGUCUUUCCUACUGCAGACUAUUUGCGCCGUCCGGAAUGUCGACUUCAGCGCGCUCGCCCCUGUUGCCUUGCUCAGUUUCCAGGCGGCAGGUCAGAUCGUGGACAGACGUGGGCUGGGAGUGAGCGAGCAAUUCCUUGCACCGCUGGCGAGGAACGCGAAGCGGAACCGGAGGGCUGUGGCAUUCGUGCUUACCCUGGUAGGAGCGAUAUGUGGUGGGUGGAUAUCGAAGGCCACGGGUGCUGUCCAGCCAAGCCUGUGGUUUGUCGCUGCUCUCUAG